AGAGCAUCAUCGGAUAGGGGCAUCGCCACAGCAGCACCGCGGGUCAAGGCAAAGCACCACAGUGACACGGCACGCGCAAGGGACGCACUGGAGUGACCGGAAGACACGAGCGUUCGCCGAAUUUCAGCUCCAGCAUCACUCCUGACAUCUCCAGGGCUCAGUGUUACGUGGUACAGGGUCCUACACAUGGAUGAACUUGGGGGAGGAGAGAGCUGGCUGAGGCUGUCAUGUAGGCUCUCCUGUGGGGCCAGCACUCACUGAGCGCUGCUGCCUGCCUCAGGUACUACCACAUUGCUGCACACGGGCUCCUGCUGAGAACUCUACUCAAACAUCCUGCUCCUCAAGGCAGAAAAAUGGAGAAGAGCUGCUCCCAGUGCUCAGAGCCCACUCUUGCUCAGAGCCUUUGUACCCAAUGCAACAAGUGGCUGUGUUACCAGUGCACAGAUGUUCACCAGCAUCACCCGUCCCCCGCCCCGGCCCACUACUCUGACUUUCACCAGGCAACCAGGCCCAAUGCCAGCCAGUGUCCCGAGCUCCACCAGAGGGCCGCCAACUCCCUGCCUGCUCCUAGACAAGGUGCAGGGUCGCAUCCUUGCCCCCUUCUCCUGUGCCACUCUCACAGACAGGAGCCCUUGGAGCUCUUCUGUGAGUCAUGUGACCUCCUGUGCUGCAGCAGCUGUCACCUGUCCACCCACAAAAACCACAGAGUGGUGCCCAUAGAGAAGGCUCUGCAGGACCAACAGUGGCUGUUUGAGAGCCUAAUGGUUCAGGUGGAGGAGAGGAGGUCUGCAGUGGAGAAUAAUGCCAAACAGAUAGAGGAGAGACUUCACAGUGUAAAGAUCGCGCACAGGAAGGCGGAGAACCAGAUUAAAAUGGCAAAGAUGAUAAUGAUGAACGAGCUUAACAAACGAGCCAACCUAUUAAUAGAGCAACUGGAGAAAUUCUCCGAGGACCUGCAGCGGCGCCUGGAGGAUUACCUGCAGGGGGCAAUAGAGGCAUGUGGACAGAUGGACCAUGUGCAGAAGUUCAUCACCUGGGCCACAAGUCACCACUGCACCAGCCCGAUCCUCUUCAGCAGGGAGAUGAUUUCACUCCAAAUGCAGCAGUUUCUUGAACCGCCACCUCCCCUGGAUUCCUUGAGUCCUGUCAAGAUAAAAUUUAACUGGGAUGCUAGCUAUUGGACAAAGCAGAUCUCUACUUUAGGCCAGCUGACUGUGGAGGAUGGGAACUGUCCGUACCCACAAUCCCUGUCCUGCCCCAGUAUCCUGCGGCCCCAGCCUCUCUCCUGUUUGGCUCCACCCCCUGUGUGUCACCGGCAAGACUCCAGCUGUGGAUACAAAAACUGCUGUGAGCCACAGGUGUGCUGCCUCCAUGGCCUCCCCAAUCCUCCAGACCUGUCCUCUCUGGAUAAAACUGCCGUGGACGGGCCGCUCUUCAGAUCCAGUCUUGGUCUUCUCUCAUCAAGACAUUGGGACACAGAUAGUUCCUCUGCACCUCGUCUUCCUAUUUCAUCCUCUGUGUCGUUUAGACCCACACAGGCUAAGUGCACACAUGCAAUCCAUCCACAGCCUGUCUCCUCCCACUCGCUCACUGCAUCCUACCUGCAUCAGCAACAGCGCUCUGAAACUCUUCCAAACACUCAAGUCAAUGUAGAAGGCCCAGCCCACAGCCAGUGUCAAAGAAAGGUGUCUGUUUCCCCCAGUCUACCACAGAAUGACAAAGAUGUGAUGAGUAAAGACGUGUGCGGUGAGAGAUGUCACCUGGAGGAGACGUGUGGACCUGAAGGCAGAGAGCUUUUGGAUAAGGAGCAAACCACUGGUCAACAGAAGCAGCAUUAUCAAACAGCCUUUGUGCCUGAGAGGGCCAGACCUGUACUGACCACAAAGUAUACCAGAGACAGCAAGAGAUCCACUUCCCUGGAGGUGCCUGUGACAGCCCCAGAGUCUGGUGCUGAUGUGGAGAGGAGCCUGCUCAUCCCUAAUCCAGUGUGUGCGAGGAGAGAGAAGCGUUCCCAGAGCAUCCCUGCAGAACUGGCUCCUGCCUCCACCACAAACCCCUACAUAGACCCGCCCCCAGCGUGCCCUCAGAGCAUACAGGCAGCAGCCACUGAUAAGCACACCACUAUGGACUCCAGACAGAGGAGGGCUUCAGAUGGACUCCUGUGUGUCGUCAAGGAAAAUUCUGCCACAAUGCCUCCAGCUAUAAGUCGCCGCUCUCCUUUACUCACCUAUAAGACUGAAGCAGAUCAGUCCUGCACUUUUGUCACUAAAGACUUGGACUUUGAGGCCAGCGAGAGAUGCCAAUUUUCAAACAGUGUGAUCAGAGAGACCCAGAAGGAGCAAGGAAGACCCAAAGUCCCAGUGGUUUGUUUAGAGCGUCUCAAAAUCCUCGUGUCUCAAAUGCCUCCGCAAGGACGACGGCAGAGUGACCCUCUACCGGCCAGUGCAUCCAAUCAAGAAGUCUGGCAUGAUGAUGAAGAUGAAGUUGGCAAAAGCUCAGCACCCCCAAGGACCACCCACUUGCUUUCCACUCCAAAGCAAAAGUCUGAUCCAAAUGAAAAUGACUUUAACUACAGAAUCUCUCAAAAAUCCCCGAGCUACGUGCCACAAAGUUAUUCCACACAGGAUCCCAGAACACCGGAUGACAACAUUAUUCAGAUCGACCCAGACUGCGACACUGACGAAUCCGACCCAAAUGUAGAGUCGUCAUCUGAGGCAGAACUUGAAUGUUUGACCCAUGAGAAGUCAAUAGGGAAUGGAGAGAUGGACAGAGAAACUGAUAUAACAGGAGAUUCUGAUCCAAGCCUGGAAUACCAAGCAGGAUCUGAGGAAGAGCAGGGGCGAGACUCCAGAGAAGGGGAGUCUGAGGUUGAGCAAGCAGACCCCUUUGAGGAGGUGGAGUCACAGUCUGAAGUUGGCUCGGAGCAGGCCCAAGACUCACAGUGCUCCAUAGAUUCAGAUCUGGAGGUGGAAUCUGAAGCUGAAACUGUAAAUGAUGAACCACAACCUCUUCGCUCCGACCAGGAAGAUGACCCACACAUUGGCCCUAUUUUAAUCGCUAACCCUGACCUCCAAAGUGCACCUGAAGAUGUCCAGGACAGUACAGAGAUGGAAAGUGAGGACUUCUGUGCCGUGUGUCUGAUAGGUGGAGAUCUACUCUGCUGCGACAACUGUCCAAAAGUCUACCAUCUGUCGUGCCAUAUCCCACCUUUGCUAAGCUUCCCCUCAGGGGACUGGGUGUGCAGCCUUUGCAGAGAUGUGGAACAGCCAGAGGUUGAGUAUGACUGUGAGAAUGAACGAUCAUCAGUGGACCAUGCGUCAUCUUAUGGACUGGCUGCCUCUGACCAAAGAAAAUGUGAACGCUUGACUCUUCUGAUCUUGAGUAACAUGCUGAGUGCCCCCUUUCAUGAACCAGUCAGUCCACUUGCUCGUCAUUAUUACCAGAUCAUAAAGAGACCUAUGGACCUCUCUGUGAUUCGGACCAAACUCAAUAAGAGCAACAGCAAACAUUACAACUGUCCAGACCAGUUUGUGGCUGAUGUUUAUCUCAUGUUCAAGAACUGUGCAAAGUUUAAUUAUCCUGACUCAGAAGUGGCCCAGGCAGGUCGAAGUCUGGAGUCCUUUUUUAAUGCGAAGCUCAAAGAAGUUUUUGGUGACCGGGUUUUCCCAGGUCUAGACCCGGACUCUGACAGUGACGAGUAUGAUGAGGUGUACAGGUCUACAGAGGGGUUCCCCUGGCCUGAGAGAAGAGAGCAGUGCCAUAGGAAGAGGAAGAGGAGGCACUCUGUCAAAUCCAGGAGACAGAAUUUCUGAGUACAGAUUACAAUAGGGACACUGGUUUUCCUUGUAAAAAUACCUGUGUUUGUUUUCUUAAUAUAGAUACAUGUCUCAAUGCUGCCCUCUGUUGGUAGUUGAACAUAAUACAACAAUGCUUCCAAUCAUAAAUGCACAUAGAUUUAUUGUAGAGAUAUUGCUCAGGAUGUGAGAAUAAUUUUGGUAGGUGUCAAAACAAGCAACAUAUUUUGUAACUGUUACUACUCAAAUUAUGCUUUGUACAGUAAUAUUCUGUAGCAUGGCAUUUACUAUAAUAUUUUUUAUUUGAUAUGUCUACCAGAUAUCUGAUUGUUAUUUUAGUGGUCCUGUUUACAAGCUUUCACUUGCCCCACACAUGUAUGGUAUAGAUUUUUUGUUACUGAUAAUAGAAAAGGUAUUGCUUGUAUCUAUUUGCAUCUAUUUAAACUGAAUGGUCUGUCACAUGACUCUCUACGCACUUUGUUGCCUUUGUAUGUAUUGCUUUAGCUGCUAUUGUUUUAAGAAAGUCUAAUCAACUGAAAUAUUGUCAGUGUUUCAUUAAAACUUGUGUCUUUUUUACUGCAACUGUCACAAUAAACCCAAU